CCCGACCCGACUCGGUAGCGGUAUCAUGGAGUCAUGCAAGGAGUUCCUUGUGGAAGACAGAUCGGCAAGCACAUAUACUGAUGUCGUGUGGGCGCCGGGAGUCUCCAAGUUGCUCGGCGUGGACACCAUGCAGCGAUUGAUCCUAACCGAAAGCGAUACGACCAAGCAAGUAACUUUUGAAUACGCGGCGCCGCUCUUCAUUCCCCAGUCCAUCGGGCUCGAGCUCACACAACCCAUUGAUCAAGUGUUCAUUGAACGAGUGUUGUUUCGCCGACGGACCACGUUCUUGGACAACAUUACAUCGACAUCGCCAUCUUCCACGAUUAGUCAUUCUUCGUUCCCGAUUUCACAGCCUUCAGAGACGUCUCCAUCCCUGUUUGAUGAGAACGAGUUCUCCGCCACAUCGACCCCCCUGAACAUCAAAUCGAUUGGGUUGUUCUCAAAGGACCCUGUCCAUAUCGACGUUGAAGAAGACGUAUACGUGAGUCAAUCGAUCUUGUUGUCGCUGCUGCUGUCGCCUUCUCCAGCCACGGACGAGCACCGCGUGAUCUUACAAGACACAUUCCUGAGCCACACAAAACUGCUGCUGGAUGCACUGGUCCAUCGAGUGAACGAUGCAAAGGACCAGCGGAUCUCGUUGGAUUCACUCAGCCACCUCGUGUACGCAUCACUCUACGGUGGCCUCGUUGCUCUGUUGCAACACGGUGCUACCACCCCUGACGAUGGCGGAUUCUCCACGCACUUGGCGCUCGAGUGCUUGCCUCUGCUGCAGAGAGUAAAUGCUGCGCUCGAGCCGCUUGCCCAGUCGCUUGUCCACUCCGAUCGACUGGACAUCCAACCACCUAAAUGCAACCUCCACAAGCGAACUCACAAGCAAGCAAACUCGCCCGCUGGUCUCACAGACGAAGGAGGUGUCCCUCCCACCCCAAUGAUGGCUGUCGCUUCGCGCAUUCCACUCAAACGUCAACGUACGUUGUAUCGUGAACCCAAACCAGACCGGCAACAACUGCAUUUUGCCCAUGCGAUCAAAAGCAUGCUCGAGAACGUCCACAGCGCCAUCACAGGGUCGUCGACCGAUGUCAUCAACCCAACCAGCCUUCUGAACUGGGAGUUGUCAGACUCGACUAGUACUAGUUUGAUGGCGUACUUUGACCUGAGUUUUCAAGCCGCGAACGAACUCGUGCGUGUGUCUCGCCGGCAUUCGUUUGCGUCGGUGCUGGUAUUUGUCGCCGAGAACCCGACCCAACUGCCGCUGAUUCAGAUCGAAAUGGAAAUGAAUUGCAUCAAGACGAGCCUGUCGUUGCUAAUUGAGCUGCAAAUGACGAUUGCCAGUGUCCAGAAUCAAACGGAACCGGUGCUGGUCUUGCAUCCAGACGUCCAACAGAAGCUCAUGAGAUGGAAAGGAGCGAUGGCCGUAUUGCUGUCGCUCGGGUGGACCGUCAACACGACGGGGUACUACCACUUGGAAUACCUCGCCGUCCCAAGCGCGCCGCAGAACUUGAACGAUGCCGCGGAUUUGCUGGUCAAGUACAUUCGACUGUGCGAACAGCGCCACCAACAGCUCACACAAACCCACCACUUACUGCAUCUGGAAUCCACGACGGCAUUCUCGACCACCAAGCAGGACAAGACAACAACAGCAUCGGGACUCCAACAACAAGUCGAAUUCCACUGCCCGCUCACGCAUCAACAGUUCACUUCGUCCAAGGACUUGUCCCUCCACGCGGCGCGUUUGGAGCCAUGGCUCAAGUGCAUGGUGUAUUGCCGCAUGAAAAAGCUCUUUUGGUACUCUCCGUAUUCGGUGCAACCCCAAGGCAAUCUGCACUAUCCAUCGUACACAAGCUGCCGACUCGAAGUGCAGGCAAGCUCGGAUGUCUUGUGGAUUCGCCAUCCGUUCUACUUGUACCAUGCAUGCCUUCGCCACAUGAUCACCGGAGCGAAUGGCAAACCAGGCGAUAUUGCCUGGCGCGACGAAGAUGAUUUCUUGUUCGGAUUGCCCAGUGUGCAUGGCGAAGUUCACUUUACCCAUGCUCGAGUGUUUCCGUCCGAAGUCGCUGUCGUGCAUGCGCUGGUUCCCUGCGUGGUGGACGACAAUGAGGUGGCUGCACCGUCGCAGGCCUUUUUGCAAACGCUUAUCCAAUGCCAGGAGUGCCCAUGGUUGGUCCGCCUCGGUCCUGUACAAUCUAGAUCCCUCGAGCGCAUUCAGCUCGAACGCAAAGUCGUCGGACUUGCGCUGGUGGUCUCGGGGCUGCUGCCUGCGGCCACAACGAACAUGGACCAUCCUGCGUGGAUUCGACUUCGUUUGGAGUACCAAACCUUUCACCAGUGGCUGCACCAGCAGUGCCAGCAUCCUUCGAACGACACACUGGGGCAUUUGGAGCUGUGGGUGACUUUUCUCCUUCAAAUGUUUGCGGACGCACCCCUCACAGACUUGUGGGCGACGGGCGACGUUUUUGAUUACGUCAUUCACCAAGUGUUCACCUUUUUCAAGCGCAUCCACGACAUACCUCUCACCGUGGCCAUCCAACAGCGCAUGCUCCGUCAUCGACGAGCGGCUUGGCUUCAAAUGAUUGGGCUCGUGGUUCUCGAAGCCCAUUUGCAAGCGUGUCCUGUGCUACCGUCGUGCCAGCACAUCGCGAUUGAAUCGAUGGCGGCUAUUUUCAAACACAAGAAUGCUGGAGCCCAGUCCAUACGAUAUGGAAGGCAUUGGACCAAGCUGCUCCAGGCGACGCAUGGGUGGAGUCGAGAGUGCGACGCAUGGAUCGUCGAAGGCCUUUAUCGCCUAUGGAGGCAACCAAAACCCGUGCCCCAGACGUUUGCUGUUCUCGACCGACCUGCGGCCACAGGAGGACUGGAAAGCAUCUUUGAUGCUGACAUCACCCCCGAGGCGUGGACCACGGCGCUGUUUCUCACGCUGGAUUGCAUCGACACCAAGUCGGUGGUCACACUCUUGGUAGAUCAAUUGCACAAGUGGCUCGUUCAGGCCAAGGACGAAUGUGUUUUGCGAGGCCACCGCCUCGUGUCGCUGUGUAUGGAAAGAUGCAGCACCUCCAACGACGUGGCGUUCCUACCGUCAUUACCCACAGUGUGCACUCUCAUGUGCACCAAGCUGCACCUCUUUUCCCACCGAACGCAAGAACAUCUUGUCCAUGGCCUCCAGACGUUGCUCCCGUUGAUCCGACCGACUCCGAUUCUGCUGGAAUUUACAGUCCUUCUUGCAACAAUGGGGCAAGACCCCCUUGCUGUCGGCGGCGAACCGUACCUGAUCACCGAGGUCACCGACAUCGAAUCGACCAAGGUUGUGCUAAAACCGACUUCGGCGUAUUCGCAUACCUUGCCUCCGUUGGCAUUACAGGCGGCGAAAGCUGCGAUGGUCGCGUGGUCGUUGCAGUCGACGAUCUCAACAUGGCUUAUCUCAGCCGCCAACGACGUGUUGAGCUCUGGAGACAAUCUGAGUGAUCGCAGUGAAAGGAAGACGGGGGUGGGGCACUUGCUUGGCCUUGGAAGCGUCAUGUUGGCUGCACAAGAUUGUUCAAAGUUUGUGCUGGGGCACAGCCUGCACAUGUCUCGGUCGGAUAUCGUUCCUGUCACAGACGGGAUCUUACUCUCCCUGCAACGCGGCAAUACGUUGCGAGCGACAUGUCGAUGUUUGUUUCGCUCCAAGUGCGCUGCAACACCGUUUUUUAUCGUGCAGUGCACAGCAGGCUUGCUUGAGUUUCCCUGUGACGACCACGGAACAUUUACUCGGACCCUGGUGACGCCCAAUGUCCUUUCCCUGGUCGAGCGCGCCGCGUCGAUCACGCCGUCGACCGUCGUGACCAACUGGUUUUUCAAAGUCUGGCUGCGUUCGCUGGAUUCUCCCCGCGACGACACGAUUUCGUAUCUGUUGGAUGUCGCGUUGCAACCGGCGUCGUUGUCCAUUCCGCCACAUGCGCUCGUUUCCCCGCAGACUGCGCUCCAACCACACACCUACUGGCGAGUCGAGGAGAUGUAUCGGUACGCUGUCCGCGAACUCGGCCGCCUCCACUUGCUCGAAACGGUGCAUGCUGACCAUCCACUUCUGUGCGGUCCAUUCUAUGCCCACGAACGAAGCAAGGAGGCGUCCACCAUACAGCGACAUCGACAUGGCCAUCGUUUGCCGACCGCACUGACUCCUUCUCGAAUUCUGACACGUGAUAAUCUCAAACGCAUUGCUGCCAUUGACAGCAACGAAGCGUGCAAUCCCACGACGGUCGGGAAUGCGGUCGACCUGGCAAAACUCUGCGACAUGGGGUAUUCCCCGUCCGUGUGCGCGUACGUAUUGCGUCACUACCAGCAAAACACGCAAGGCGCGCUUCAGUGGCUCGUCAACGACCAAAAUUACGACGAUAUUCGGCAAAUUGAACUCAUGCACCAACCGCCGUCGCGGGUUGGGUUUGGCGAAGCGCUGACACCAAGUGCGACGUUUUUCCGAUUGAACGCGGACAUCAAGGAGUCGCUGCUCAUGUCGUGCUCGACGUCGCGAGAACUGCUCAACACACUUCGCCAAGUUCCCCGCGAAAGCUUCGUUCCACGGCUGUAUGAAAAAGAAGUCGAAGACGACCAUGCGAUUCCACAUCCCCUCGGAUACACGCUACCAUCAAUGUACCAAUCCUUGCGGGUGUUGGAGGCGCUCAAGCUGGAGCCAGGCGUGCGGAUUUUGGACAUCGGGACUGGUUCGGGUUACUUUGUCACACUCUUGGCUCGCCUCAUGGGCGACAACGCGAGCAUUACGUCGUGGGAGCAAGAUGCCGAUCGGUUGGCGUACGCGUAUAUUUAUAUGGCCCAGAGUGUGCAAGAUGGCCACAACGUGAUUUAUCCCAAGUUCAUGGAGACCAUUCGAUUUGAGGUGUGCAAUGCGUUUUUGAACGAUCACGCGGACGCUACCUUUGAUCGCGUGCACGCGGGGGCGAGUUGUCCUCGGGAAAGCGUCAACUUGUUGCUGCAGUAUGUGGCGCUGCAUGGGAUUCUGGUCGUGCCCAUCGACGGCACGCUUUGUCGCAUCCACAAAACCCAACCCACGAACGAUUGGAUGCACUUGCCAGUCGAGCCGCUCGGGGCGUAUUCGAUUGAGAGUUUGACUCCGCCGUCGUUGCAAGUACUGAGCGCGUCGCCGUCCGACGCGACGAACUGCCAGAGACGCUACGGUUUGCAUGGAUUUGAAGAGGAAACGCGGACGAAACCCUUACGUGUGCUCACGAUGGACGAAGACAUGGUGGAGAUCCCAACGGUUCCGUACCCCCUGCAAGUCAACAUGCUGUUUCAAGUCACCCCUCUGACGAAAUCGCGAAUGUACCAACAAGGGCAGUCGAACACUGGCCUUGUAGUGACGCGAGUGGGACCGACCCCUGUCCAGUUGAAAGAGCUGUCAGUGUCGAAUCGAGGAAGUUUCGGUACCGCCUGUGCCAACGUGUAUGUUCGAGGUGGCGGUGUUUGGUUCUUUGAAGUACGCAUCGGCACGUCCAAGGUGAUUCAAAUCGGAUGGAUCUUGCCUGGUUUUGAUCCAAACCCGGAAUCGGGUCUUGGUGUUGGCGACGACAAGUAUUCGUAUGCGUACGAUGGUCGUCGGAAGAAGAAGUGGCACAAUGGCAUGUCGGAUGAUUACUGGAAGCAAUCGUGCAAGGCUGGGGAUGUCGUCGGGUGUCUCCUCGACUUGGACCAGGGAAACAUGUCGUUUCUGUUGAAUGGAACCCAUCUUGGCAUCGCUUACACCGAUCUGCCGCGGGAUUUUUCGAUGGGCGGAUAUAGCCCCGCUUGUUCCAUGGACGGCGGCGAGUCCGUCUGGUUCAAUUUCGGCGUUAAGCCGUUUCUAUACCCUCCGUCGCAGCAUUUCUGUCCACUGGCCGACUUUGUCUAUCUUCCGCUCAUCGACAUUCCCACCACCGUCCAGUCGUCGACGAUUUUCGUCGCCAAGCGAGUUCACGCGGACGCCGUUGCGGCCACCACCAUCGACGACCCAAGUGUGACAAUCCUCAUUCCUCGCAACCGCAUUGCUCCAUUGGAUCACCACCUCGCUUUGUUUCUUUAUCACGAAUCCACGUACAACCAAGCGAGGAGUGGGUCAUGGGAGCAGCUGUGCACGGAACUGCAGCGCAGCUUGCGGAUAUCGAUGGCGAGGUCAUUCCUGGCGGCCCACAUGUCGAGUUUGAGUCCGCGCGAUUUGAUGGCGUAUCUGUCGUGGGCAAGUGAAUUCCCCGUGAUUCAGUCAGACCAGUUUAAAUUGUCUCGGCAUCAAAUUCCAUGGCUGGUCGACGCAUUGGAUCGUCAGUUACACGAAGCUGCCGACACAAUGGUCAUCGAAGAGUCGAGGCACCCCAUCAGCCACCGACUGUUGGCGGUGACCCCUGUCGUGAUCAUGGCGCUAAAGACGCUGCGAACAAGUCUCUUGGACAUGGAGAACACGAUGGAGAAAGGCAAUUCGAAAGGCGCAAUGGUGCAUCUCCAACGCGCGACCGAGACACUCCUGAGCCGAACUGAACGCGAGCCAGGUGAUCAUUUUCAACGGUGUCGGUCGCAGCUUGAAUCCGCGUACCAGCGAAUCCGAAGCGUGUCGAACGAGUUUACCUUUGCUGAUCCGUCCACCUACACACGUCGCCCAAUGCUGGAGAAGGUCGUGCACUUAAAACAAGCGCUUGAGCUGUUUGAGGCCCAAGUGUCGUUCCCUUCGCGCAUCCCUAUUGAGGCGAUCGAAGCGAAAUAUGUUGGGCUCCCCGAAGCGUUGUCGCUCAAGGUCGAGUUCGACCCUCGAACUCUUCGCACGAACUGGAAACUCCUUUUUUUUAAAGACGCUGCUUGCCAGCAACGUUGGCCAUACGUGCUCAGUCGCGACGGAUUUGCACCAUUUAUCAUUCCGUCCAACCAUUUUUACUACACAUUUGUGCCUGACACGACCAAAACUCAUUUAACUCCUGAGUGGGGGUAUGCAUUUCGAGUCACGCCAUAUAUCUUACAUCCUCAGCACUGCACCCCGACGUGGUCCCUCUGGACCGCCGUACAAGCGCAGCCCCAACUGCAGGACAUGCUCAUCCAAAGCAACGACGCGGCGUCGUGGCUUCAAAGCAUUCUCCGGUACAUCCGCACGCCGGCUGCGCCGGAGAAAGUCCACGUUCUGUCGACGUUGGUGCUGUGUUUACACCGGAAUCGCAUGCGCCUUCCGGCGGACUUGCAGCCACAUCUGUCGGAAUUCCUCUGGUAUCUUCACCCCGAACUUAAUUUUGUCUAUCGCACGUCGAUCAAGUGGCGCCUUCACUCAAACCCGUACUUUCAAACGCUACUCCAAACCGUCACGACAAUUGCGAGCCUUGCCGAACGCCGCAUUCAACGUGUUGGCAUUCACACGUUUGGCUACCACGCCGAGAUGCACAUGUGGCACAAGGAGCUCAUCGAAACCGUUCAGGGCCUGGAUGCGAUGCACCCGGCCACGUGGCAGCCCAUCAUUAGCAAGCAGUACAACCCUCUGCACAUGCUCAAGCAGCUCUUUAAGCAAUUUGAAGCGUCCAUCAAGUCGGAUGUCCAGCGGUGGCACAAAAAUCGACGAGAAUUGUGGAUUCGCCAAGUCGACCAAGCGUAUCACCCGGCCCUGUUGUCACAUUGCCUCUACGUCUUUAAUGACACAUUGCUCCCAGUGUGCGUGGCGUCGAGGGAGUGUGGGUGGGCGGCCGAGCGCAACAAGUGGCUUCGGCAUUUGCACGCGGCGUGCACUGUCGGCGAUAUUGCGAUGCAGCUCAUGGUGCUUGCUGGCUUCAUUGACGUAGAUUCGCACUCGAGUACCUGGCCGUGUCAGUCGUACGACUGGCGAAAAGCCGUCAUGAACUUGACGAAAACGGAUUUGUCGGAGGAUGGGCAGUUGGAGGUGUCGGGACAGUGGACGGAUGGCCACGUUGUGUUAGAAAACGAUUUGGCAACGACCUCUCUCAACCGCAUAUUUGAAGACUCUCCAAAACUCUUUCGCGUGCGGCAGGCCGAAAACGUCCACGUUAUCGGCGCGUUCGGGUAUAAGCGGACGCUGAUCCGAAAAAUCCAAUUCCGCCUGCGCAAGACUUUCAACAACACCCCGUGCACCGCGGGGAUGGUAUUUGUCUUCCCAGAGUACCCGACCCCCGAAGACAUGAUGAAGAUUCAGCAUUACGAUCACUUUACGAGCGAAAAAUACCAGUCGUAUGUCCUUAAGAUGCGGCGGCGCGCAAUGGUGCCUAUACCAGGAGAUCCCGUGGCUUACUUCGACGUCACGUCGCCGCACUACUGCCAAGGCAACACGGUCACAGUCGUGCCGGACUUUGCUUUGGUGGGCCAAUACGUUGUGGUGAAGCUGCUAAGGUGCUACAACAUUCGAGUCAUGGAAGAUCUGGCCGACGUGAUCAAGCGGCAGGAAGAUCACCAUGCUCCAACCAACGUGUACUACAACGUGAAUUCUGUUUACCUUUGGUGCUACAAGCCCCACGAAGAGUGGUUGAUCUACCCCAGCGCGAUCGAGUAUAUGAUUGAGAGCAAGUACCAAGCGUACUGCCAAGGAGACAUUGUGAGCCACGGGGAAUAUGUCGUGGCGGGCGAGGACGUUGUGCUGGACUUCCAGAACAUGGUGCAGUACACCCCAACAGAUCAGUUUUCGAACCCGGUGACGUGCCGCAUCAAGCGCGUCCAAGUCACGAUCGACAUGAAGAUCAAGCUCGCGGCGCCGCCAUCGAUGGAAGUCGAGUACAUGGGAUUCUUUGGGCUGCAAGAAACGGCGGCCGAUGAAGCGUACAACACCUGGAAAGUUAAGUUUCAGACCCUGGCCAUGACGGCCCAACACGCGCAACUCAACUCGCCCACCACUCAGCUCUACCGUGUCUUGAGCGAAAAAUCCCCUGUUCACAACUUUCCCAGCUUGAGCGCGUCCAUAUCAACUUACGUCCUGUACGGCGAGAUCGUGUCGAUCACGGCGAGGAACGGCCGAUGGGGGUGCAUUGCCAACUCGGAAGCGUGGUGUCUCCUUGAUACGCAUCAGCCAUCGUUCUUCCCGAUUAGCCAGGCGAGGGCGGCCGCUCACGGGACAGUCCCGUGGCUUCCAGAUCAACCGGUCCACUGUGUCGCUCCCAAUGGAGAGGCAUACUCUGGAAUGUUCCAAAUUGGCGCAUCGCGCGAAGUCGACGAAGAACUUGUUCACAUGGUCAACAAACUUCGCGAAACGAGUGGCCGGUGCGUGACCAACUUGAUGGUGUCGGACGUGUACGCAUCACUGCACGGAAAACACAAGGAUUAUCCUUACUUGAGCAUUUUUCCGAUCCCCGCGAUCACGGGCCGACUUGACGUGCUGCGGGCGAUCAAUGCUCGUCUGUCGCAGUGUCUCAUGUUCAUCGGGAUCGGAUUAAAGUUGAAAGAACCCGACUGGUUGAGCGGCGUCGUGCUGAAAGCCAAGUCGUGCUUGUUCUUGGAGACAAAAAUGCACGUGUGGAAGAAAAUCUGGAGUGAGUCGUACAGCAUGGAGCGAUCGUCCGAAGUUGUGACCAUCAAUCGCCAUCUUGCCUUCAAAGCCCGCGACACACUGCGCGACUGUGCCAAUGUGUUGCAAGACGAUCUCGCGGUGUAUUCCCCCACAGUGUUUGUUCAGUUGUGGCGCGAAUUACACCGCACGUCACCUGGGCUACUGCGGCGCAGUGACGGCAAGUCAUGGUUCACCAAGUUUAAAGGUGAACCUUCCAUUGACGACGGUGGGUUGUACAGAGAAACCACAGCGACCACGUGCUACGAGCUCAACAAUGGGUUGCUACCGCUCUUUAUUCCGUGCUCGAAUGGCAAGCACACGCAAGGCCUGAACCAGAACACGCUUGUGCCCAAUAGCAGCUGCACCAAGUGGCAUGAAUGCUGCGAAUGGCUCCAGUUUGUCGGGGUCCUCAUGGGCAUUGCCACACAAAACCUCGAGGAAGUGUUUCCGAUUCAACUGGCGCCACCCAUCUGGAAGCUUCUCGUCGCGGAGCCACUCACCCCCCACGACUUUCACCAGUUUGACGUGGCGACUGCUCAAACCCUUCGCUACCUUCGGCACGCAGACUUUGAUUCGGACGACAUGUUUGCCUCGAUCUUUCCCGACCAGACAUUUACUUGUUUAAACGAGCAAGACGAAGUUGUCGAGCUUGUUCCGCAUGGGGCGACGAUUCCUGUCACACUGGGCAAUCGACUCGAGUAUGCUGACGCUCUCGAGUCGUACAGGCUCCACCAAUUUGACGAGGCGGUCGGGUUCAUUCGAAAAGGGUUGGAGUCCAUUGUUCAAGUCGACUUGCUGCCCAUGUUUACGUGGUCCGAGUUGGAGCUGCUCGUGUGUGGUCGACCGACGCUGAAUUUGGCACUGCUGCGCAAGAAAACCGAGUACUCCCCCGACAUGGACAUGCAAGAUGCACUGGUCGAGCGCUUCUGGCGCACUCUCGCUGGGUUCACGUCGGAGGAGCAGCAAUUAUUUUUGCAAUUUGUCUGGGGGCGAACGAGGCUUCCAUUCAGCGAAGUGGAUUUUGGCUCGUACACUUUCAAACUCGUGCGCCACAUGAGCCCCUCCAACCCGGACAACUACCUCCCCGUCGCCCACACAUGCUUUUUCCAGCUGGAAUUGCCCAACUAUUCAUCGGCUGCCAUCAUGCGGUCGAAAUUGCUCUAUGCCAUGAACCACUGCACCUCCAUCGUGGACGAAGAACAAGCGGCGCACCAACUCGAAAUCGCGCUGUGGGACUCGUCCUAA